CAUGCAAAUAUGAUGAGUUUGUUAGUAUCAAUGCAACAGUUUUUGGUUUUGGUUGUUUUAGUGCAAUCCCUUUCCAUGGGAACUCAUCAGGCUGUGGCCUCCACGGUAUCAACAUCUGAUGAGACUGCUCUAUUGGCAUUGAAAGGAGCAAUCACAUCCGACCCUUUUCAAAUCUUGUCCAACAAUUGGUCUCUCCAAACUCCACACUGUGAUUGGAUUGGCGUUACUUGCAAUGCUAAGCACCAAAGAGUGACCCAAUUGAAUCUCUUCAAUAUGGGUCUCAACGGCACCAUUCCUGAGGAGAUUGGUGGCCUCUCAUUCCUUGCAACUUUCAACAUCAGCACCAAUAGUUUCCAUGGCCAAAUCCCAGAAAGCAUUGGAUUCUUGACCAAACUCCAGAGUUUGGAUCUGUCCUACAACAAUCUCACUGGAAACAUCCCCCCAACUAUAUACAACAUUUCUUCCUUGCAAUUUGUAGCCAUGAAAUACAAUAGUCUCUCUGGGAUUAUUCCGGCGGGCAUUUGUGAUAACUACAGGCAGCUACAAAGCUUGUCUCUCAGAUCAAAUCAAUUGAGUGGUCAGAUUCCAUCAAGUCUCCACAAAUGUACCGAACUAAGAGUUUUGAGUUUAGGAGACAAUGAAUUUCAUGGAAGCAUACCACCUGAAAUUGGCAACUUUUCCAAGCUCGAGAUGUUAUAUCUAUAUGGCAACAACUUGACAGGAGAUUUGCCUUGGACAAUCUUCAAUAUUUCAUCUUUAAUAGCACUUGACUUUGAGAGGAAUGAACUCUCUGGAACUCUUCCAAAUGACCUCUGUUAUCUCCUUCCACAAUUGGAGAUUCUGGCCAUUGGGAGAAACCAUAUUCGUGGAGAAAUCCCUCAAGCUCUAUCCAGUUGCAGGAAACUUCAUGUACUUUCCAUGUCUCACAAUGAACUCUCUGGAAGAUUACCUAGCGACAUCUGGAACGUGUCAUCUCUUCGGGAUCUCUAUCUUGGAGAUAUGAACUUGACAGGCUUAAGACAUUGGAUUUCACCAAGUCUUGAAGGACUUCUUUUCGCUGAAAACCAAUUCAGUGGAACCAUUCCUAGCACUAUAUCAAAUGCCUCCCAACUCAUAACGCUUGAUCUUGGGAAUAACAUGUUCAGUGGCCAUGUACCUUUGGUGUUUGAAAAUUUACACCAACUUCGAUAUUUUAACAUAGAAGGAAACCAUAUCACAAAUGAUCCAUCGGCCAAUGAGCUGAGCCUACUCACUUCAUUGUCGAAAUGCAAGAAUUUGAAAAGGGUUAUUUUGGCCGGCAAUCCAUUCAACACAGUUCUUCCCAGCUCAUUAGAUGUUGGCAAUAAGUCGUCGUCGUUGAAAAUCUUGUAUGCAGCUGAUUGUCACUUGAAAGGCAGUAUUCCAAGUGGAAUUAGUAACUAUAUCAACUUGAUUUAUUUGGACUUGUCCCAAAAUAACCUCUCAGGUUCGCUUCCUGGAACAUUGGGACAUUUGCUGAGGUUACAGGGUUUAUUCGUAUAUAACAAUAAAAUUGAAGGAUCAAUACCAAACACUUUAUGCUAUCUGAAGGACUUAUAUGAAUUGCAUCUUGAAGACAAUAAGCUCUCAGGGAGCAUACCAAGCUGUUUUGGAAAUAUAUCCUCUUUGAGAAAAAUAUAUCUAGGUUCCAAUUUAUUUACAUCUACUAUUCCGCUUGGCUUCUGGAAUAACAAGGAUGUCUUAGAGCUGGACAUGUCCUCCAGUUUACUUAGUGGUACCUUGUCUUAUGAAAUUGGAAGUAUGCACACCAUGAUAUACCUCAAUCUUUCAGGUAACCAAUUUUCUGGAGAAAUUCCUGACACCAUUGGGCAACUUCAGAAUUUGCUUAAUCUCUCUCUAUCAUCAAAUAGGCUUCAUGGUCGUAUUCCUAAAUCAUUUGAUAGUUUGAUAAGCUUGCAAGCAUUAGAUUUAUCUAAUAAUAGCCUCUCUGGUGGUAUUCCAAAGUCGAUGGAAAAGCUCAAAUAUCUAGUGUAUCUGAAUAUGUCUUUCAAUUAUCUCAGCGGUAGAAUUCCAAAUAGUGGACCUUUCAAAAAUUUUAGCAUGGAGUCAUUCAUGGGUAACAAGGAACUAUGUGGACCUUCUCGAUUCCAUGUCAUGGAAUGCAAAGAAGGUAAAGGAAAACCGAGAAACAUUGCCAUAUUUCUCAAGUAUGUUUUGUCAUCUCUUGUAUCUGUGUUUGUUGUUGCUGUUCUACUGGUUUGGUUGCUUACUUUCUGGAAGAGAAACAAACGAAGGGAACCUCGGACUGAAGAUUCACUUGAUGUUGCACUCAAGAGGAUUUCAUACUAUGAAAUUCUUCGUGCUACAGAAGGUUUUGAUGAGAGCAACUUGAUAGGCAGGGGGAGUUUUAGCUCAGUGUUCAAGGGCACUUUUGUUGAUGGGGUGAUUGCUGCUAUAAAAGUCUUCAAUUUGGAUGUGCACGAUUCAAUCAGAAGCUUUGAAGUAGAGUGCCAAGUGCUAAGGAAUAUUCGACACAGAAAUCUUGUCAAAGUAAUAACCAGUUGCUCCAACCUCGACUUCAAAGCUCUGAUUUUAGAGUAUAUGCCCAAUGGGAGCCUCGACAAAUGGCUCUAUUCAUAUAAUUAUUUCCUAGAUAUCUAUCAGAGGCUAGGAAUAAUGAUGGAUGUUGGGAAUGCUCUUGAGUACUUGCAUCAUGGUCAUUCUUUUCUGGUGGUUCAUUGUGAUUUGAAGCCUGGCAACAUUCUUUUAGAUGAAAACAUGGUUGCACAUGUUGGUGACUUUGGUAUAGCUAAGCUACUGGACAAAGAUAAGGCCACUAAGCAGACAAAAACCAUGGGCACAGUUGGAUACAUGGCUCCAGAGUAUGGUUGUGCAGGAAUAGUAUCCAGCAUGGGAGAUGUAUACAGUUUUGGGAUUCUACUAAUGGAAGUAUUCACGAGAAAGAAGCCCACAGAUGAGAUGUUCCAUGGAGACUUCACCAUGAGGAAAUGGGUGUCUGAUUCAUUGCCUGAUGCAAUAAUGGAGAUUGUUGACUCCAAUUUAGUGACAGGAGAAGAAGGUGGAGGGCAAGAAAUAGAGGAGUGCUUCUUGAUGGUGAUGAGAUUAGCUAUGGAAUGCACAUAUGAUUUUCCAGCGGAGAGGAUCACCAUGGAAGAUGCUAUAGUAAGACUCAAGUAUACACAACAAAAGUUCAACCAAAAUGUCUCUAUAAGUUUAGUUUAAUUUGCAUGCUUUGAAAUGUUGCUCAUUACUUGGAUAUUGUAUUAUGAUUUCAGGGAAUUCUGUUAAUGUCCCCUCAAAAAGUAAUAAGAACC